AUGCCAAGCCACCAGAUGUUUAAGGUCCUCGACAGGCGUGCUGGCGGGGUGGCAUACGGCGCACUAAACAGGCACUUGUCACCCGCUGAAGCUCACGGGCCACAACCCAAGGCACACGAAGUGACUUGGACCCAUGCAACGUUUUCCCUUCCACGCAACAUUUCCCCUUCCACGCAACGCUUUCCCUUCCACGCAACAUUUUCCCUUCCGCGCAACGCUCCCCCUUCCACCCCACGUAAUCUCAAGCCCCUCGCGCGACCAGCGACGCCGUCCAGGACUUGCGAGUCUCCUCCUGACCAAGGAUACGAGAUCGGAGCUUGCUAUCAUGGAACCCGUGCAUUUGUGGGCAACUCUACACAGCAAGUGGCCAGAAGUCAUCGGAAGAAGGCACACGUUCGUUGCUGCGAAACUAUCUUCGUUGGCGAGGCGUGGCUGAAACACCACAACACAACAGGCCAUAAUGGUGAAAAAGUGAGCACGUGGACAAAGAGACAGGCUCGUUAUCGUGAGAAGGUGGAGUGUGAGCUCGGGUGCGGGUUGGCUCUCCAACGUGACAGGAUGAAAAGACAUCAUAAAUCAGAGCACUAUAGAUGCACCGAGUGCGAUCGAAUAUUCAUCUCCACCGGCAAGAAAGAGCACGAGCACAGCACUAAGUACGUUUCUUACAUGCUGGUUCCUUCACUUGACCGGGAGCACGCAGGUGCUGCGGCGGCGGCAUCGACACAGAGGACAUACGAGCCCAGAAUGCCUCGCGAGAGCAUUGAGACGGUCCAAAUGCGCACCAAGUAUGUUUCCAUGAUUCAAGAUUUGCUUGGAGAAUGCCGGAACUCGAAAAAUUCUCAACUCGGCCAUACAAGGUGGGAUGAUAGCUUGACACUCCUAAACCGGAUCUUCCCUUCUGAUCGCGACAUACCGAUCGCGCGAAUCGGGCCCAUAUCAACAAUGGCGGACGACGCAGACGUUUGGUACACUACAGAAGACGACAUAGAGAGAAUCAUGGCCCAAAACUUCAUCUUGCACAAACCCACGGUGGUGAGAUCACGUCAAUUAGGACAACGAGGCCAGGGACUGGAUCACUUCUUAGAGGCUCUGAACGAUCAUUUUGGCGAUAGCAAGGUGGACGUACAAGACCCAAGUACUAAAAAGAAAGCCGCCGUCUCCUCACCUGUCUGCGACGUUAUUGACCGAAUCAGAGAAGGGGCGGACAUUCCGGCAGGGCGACUUCCGAUAAACCUGCUGAACUUGAAGUAUCUGGGACAAGUCCCACCGGCUCCUGCAUUCCUCAAUCUGCGUCGGUUCGAUGUCCUUCCGGCAAUCAGCUCACGUCUAGAGGCGGAGUUUACCGGACGAGCGAUCGCCGGCAAACGGGGCCACGCCGUGAUGGUCGAGGCCAGAGAAGUCGACCUGGACCGCUCCUUGACCUUUUCGCUAUUCGCCCAGCGAGGUGCUUUUACCGGAUUCCACGUCGAUAGCCCAGAUGCAACAUGGGUAUGUCUUGAGUGGGGCCUGAAGCUUUGGAUUUUCGCUACAGACACGAACGAAUCCGAGAUGGUCAAGUUCACAGAUGAAGGCGACAAUUGGGUUCCCGAUAGCGUUGUCGCUAUUGUGUUGGAGCCGGGUGAUACGCUCAUCAUGCCCUCCGCACAGCUCCUUCCUCACGCUGUAUUCACGUUGGCAGACUCACGGAUGACGGGUGGUAUGUUCAUGGACGCAGUUCGCAUUCUAGAGUCGAUUGAGAAGCUCCUGUGGAUAUAUAUACGCCCGUCUGUCUCGAAUGAACCGAUACCGUUGCAGCUCCUCAGAGGAUGGAGCCACCUGUGCAAGCUUUUUUUAUGA